AUGCUGCUAUCGUCAAGCGUCGACUCGUGGCUCUACUGGACUGUUUACUCAAAACUGGGGGUUCCCGUUUAUGAGGAACUGGCAGCGCUAGUGUUCGCCAAGUCGAUGCGUAAAAAGGAUGUGAAGGAUACGAAAACGACGCAUAAGCCCGAUGAAUCCGCAAUGGAUCCUUCCACAGCCGCUCUCCUUGAUACAGAAGAAGAGGACGAACAAGCCCAGGAGGGCCUUCAGAGCAUCAUCAAUUAUGCAGCAGUUGAUGCGAAACGAGUCGCUGAUUUUGCGUGCUACAGCUAUCUGAUCCCUCAUGCGAUAAUUAGGCUGACGAUUGCUUGCGGUUUCCUGCUGGGUCUUCUCGGAUGGAGGAGCUUGUCGACAGGACUCCUUGUAGCAGCUGUGAUAAUACCCGUCAACAGCUACCUUGCCACAAGAUAUGCGAAGUCUCAGGACGAUCUCAUGAAACUACGAGACCUAAAACUAGCAGUAGUCUCUGAAGUUCUCCAGGGUAUUCGGCAGAUAAAGUUCUCAGCGAUCGAAGGAGAAUGGGAAAGGAAGAUCGCUGAAAGGCGCCAUGCAGAACUGCAGUCUCUUUGGACUUCUUUCCUAUACAGCACGGGUCUUAUAUCGACUUGGAUUCUUGGCCCUUUGAUGCUAUCAGCCGCCUCCCUCACUGUGUAUGCAUUGCUCUACGGUGAGCUUACUGCGUCUGUGGCUUUCACUGCCAUGUCAAUAUUUGGAUCCUUAGAACUCUCAAUGGCCAGCUUGCCGGGUCUGAUGUCGAAAGCCUUGGAAGCGAAGAUUAGUUCGGAUCGCAUUGACAAGUAUAUGGAUAGUCCCGAAAAACCAAUGAACACGACCCCAGCUAAUUACAUAGCAUUCGAGGCGGCAUCGGUCGCAUGGCCCGCUGAUGAAGAUCACAGUGAUUGGGAUACCGGCAAAGGCUUUGUGCUACGCAAUUUGAAUUUGACAUUCCCACCAAAAGGACUGAGUGUCAUAUCUGGAAAGACUGGAUCUGGAAAGAGCCUUCUCCUCGCCUCAAUCCUUGGAGAGUGUGACAUCCUCCAAGGUAAAGUCAAGGUCCCUGUGUCCCCACAGCUCAAUGUACGAUGUGACCGUCGCAUUUCGAGCGCAGAAUGGAUUAUCGACAAUGCAAUCGCAUACGUUGCCCAAAUCCCUUGGAUUGAGAAUGGAACUAUACGAGAUAACAUCCUAUUCGGCUUACCAUAUCACCCUACACGGUAUCGCAAGGUGCUCUAUGCUUGUGCCUUGGACAAAGAUCUUGACAUGUUCCCUGACAAGGAGAUGACUGACAUUGGCGCAAAUGGCGUGAACCUUAGUGGUGGUCAACGGUGGCGGGUGUCAUUCGCCAGAGCAUUGUAUUCUAGGGCCGGAAUCCUCAUUAUGGACGACAUAUUCAGUGCGCUGGAUGCCCAUACUGGCCGUCACGUCUACAACCACGCGCUAACAGGUGAGAUUGGUCGAAGACGCACACGAAUUCUUGUCACUCAUCACGCCACUCUCUGCCUUCCGCAUACAGACUACUCAGUUUUUCUUGAGAACGGACAUGUCAAGCACGCGGGCACUGUCGAGGAGCUCCGACGGAACAACAGUUUAUCAGACCUCCUUUUAUUGGAGGAAUCAGCAAGACCUGAUGACCAGAGACAUAUCGAGGGGCGUCGUGAAUCUGAAAUUGAGCCUAUGGCUGUUCCCAACAAAGUGCGUUGUUCGAGCACCAGGAAUCGAACAUCAACUACAGCCAGGCGAAGCUCUGUAGCUAGCAGACGAAGUUCAAUCGCAAGUCGACAGAGCAGACGGAGUUCCGUCUGGAGCAGAAACACGAACAUUGGCGAGACAGAUACACGACAAUUUGUGCAGGACGAAACAAAUGGUACUGGGUCCGUUUCUAUUUCUGUUUAUGCUGCCUAUUGUAAUAAGGGAGGCAGUGCGUACUUUUGGGGCACUAUCUUUGGCGCAUACAUUUUAUAUGCUUGCCUCAUCGUUGGACGGUCAUGGUGGGUGAAACUAUGGACCAGUUCAUCCAACAAUCAAGAAAAUCAAAGUCACCAUCCUUCGAGCAUAGAUGCUAUCAUGGACCGUCUAGCAUCUGUAAAGGCAGAUGCGGAUCUAUUCCUAUACCUUGGUGUAUACGUUGGUAUCUCCGUUACGGCUUGUGUAUUGGGGACAGUUAGAUAUUACACCCUUAUGAAAGCAGGAAUCGAAGCGUCGAAGAAUCUAUUCAACGACUUGACCUACGCUGUGCUACGUGCGCCUCUCCGGUGGCUUGAUACGAUUCCCCUAGGCCGCAUUCUGAACCGAUUUACAUCCGAUAUUUAUGCAGUUGAUGUGAGACUCGGUUAUGACAUCGGCUUGUUCGUUCAUAACGUCUUGGAGAUUACGGGCAUUUUAUUAGCAGGCAUGGCUGUUUCUCCGUUUGUGAUCAUUUUCGCGGCUGUGAUUCUGGCAAUUUGUCUGAAGCUUUCUUUAAUGUACCUGGCCGGGGCGCGCGAGGUCAAGCGACUGGAAAGCACCGCUAGAAGCCCGAUUUUCGAACAGUUUGGCUCCAGCCUUGCAGGUCUCAUCACCCUUCGCGCUUUCAAUAAAACUGAUACCUACAUUGGGAUUAUGUACGAAAAGAUCAGUGUACAUGCGCGGACAGCGUGGUAUCUCUGGCUGUUUAAUAUGUGGCUAGAUUAUCGCAUGAGUGUCGUGGGAGCCAUUUUCUCAACGAUGACCGCGGCCUUGGUGGUUUACUUCCCUAGCAUUCCGGCUGCACUUGCUGGAUUUGCUUUGAGCUUUGCAUUGCAGUACAACAGUGCUAUUGUGAUGGUUCUACGACAGUAUGCUAAUGUCGAGUUGGACAUGAACGCGACGGAACGGGUGCUCGAGUACUCGGAUAUUGAAAUUGAAGACCAGACGGGGAUGGAAGCACCUGCUUCUUGGCCGACAGAGGGCAAGGUCGAAGUCGAAGACCUAGUUGUUGGCUAUGCACCGGAUCUUCCUCCCGUCCUUAAUGGCUUGUCAUUCACAAUGGAGAGGAACCAACGAGUAGGCGUCGUUGGUCGUUCUGGGGCUGGUAAAUCUUCCCUGACAUUGGCACUGUUCCGUUUCUUGGAGGCUCGAUGGGGUCGCGUUUCCAUUGAUGGUUUGGACAUUUCCAAGCUCAAACUUCAUGAUCUUCGAAGCCGCCUGGCUAUCAUUCCCCAGGAUCCUGUCCUCUUCUCUGGCACAGUGAGAUCCAACCUUGACCCGUUCAACGAACACAGUGAUCCCGAACUCUACGAUGCAUUGGAGCGGGUCAACCUCAUCUCAUUCAGCGACUCAGAAACCCUAGCCUCCGAAUCAAGCACCCGGCCACAAAUCACAAGGACCACGAGCCCAGAAAGCACAACGGAUACACUAGCUUCCUCCCACACGAGCCGUACAAAAGAAAACAGUUUGUUCACAUCCUUAUCCGACAUGAUAUCCGAAGGAGGCUUCAACCUGUCCCAAGGCCAGCGGCAACUCCUCUGCCUCGCCCGCGCCAUCGUAUCCCGUCCCAAAGUAAUGAUCUUAGACGAAGCGACUUCCGCAGUCGAUAUGGAAACCGAUGCUCUGAUCCAACGGUCUAUUCGUUCUGAAUUUGGUCGGAAUGCGUCGACUUUGCUUGUUAUUGCGCAUCGAUUGAGUACGGUUGCGGACUUCGAUAGGAUUCUGGUUAUGGAUGCGGGGAGGGAGGUCGAGUUCGGGUGUCCUAGGGAGUUGAUGGGAAUUGAGGGUGGUGUGUUUCGGGGUUUGGUUGAGAGUAGUGGGGAGAAGAAUGUCGUUGAGGAAAUCAUCUUAGGGAAAUCGCUUGAUUAUUGA